AUGAACCCGGACAUUGGACUAUCACUUAAUGAUUUCAACCCUUCUCUGAAGAACGAGAAGAGUACUGGCCAAAACAGCGAGAGUUGUUUCGAGAGAUUAGUAGAAGAGAAAGCCAAAAUAGAAUCAAAAGAGCUCAGCCCUAGGACCAAGAAGAAAGAGUACAAUAAGAUGUACUGAAGGAACCAUAGGAGGAAGACCAAGGAAUAUAUCAAAGAACUAGAGCAAAAGGUAGAGAACCUAGAGUCUCGCGUUGACUUUCUCAAUGACCAGCUCAUGAAAUACUAAAAGUUCAAGAUUAAUAUGAUUAUGAUAGGAGAGGACAAGGACCUCUCUGAUUUAAGAGACAUUCAGAAGGAAGGCCUUCAGAAAUUAAUCGAUAGCCUUCAUGUUGGCAAUGACCAACAAGACCUCAGGGAGAAGAUCAAAGAGUUAGGCAAACAGGUUGGAACUGCAGGCGAUGCAAGACAAAAGCUGCUUAAAUCAGCAGUCAGGAUUAUCAUGGAAAAUAUUGUUCCCGAUCGAAUGAGAAUCAUGUUCAGCAUUCUAGAACAAGGCCCUUGUUGAACACUUGAGGAAUACGGAAAACUUUUUGAGUGCAAAGCAAGCCAAGCUGAAAGUUUACUAAAAACUCCGAGAUAUAAUGAGUAUGACAGAAUGCAUUUUGAGUGAGGAGUAAAGGCAUCAAUUCUUCCUGCUGUCAAAGUCUUGAAUGAGAACUCAGCUGCUUUAUUCCAGAAAUUUAAGAAAGCUGUAAAGAGUCUUGUCCGAGCACGAAAUAGAAUACUCCAACUACAAUGCGAGUUCAAGCACUGAGAUAAUCCCUUUGAUUAUGGCUUAACUCCUGAAAAUGUAAUAUAGCUUUCAUGAAGUAUGCAGAUAGGAAAUAUAAUGACAAAGGGUAUGAUAUUUACUCAGUAUACGGAGUUCCAAAAAGGAAGGUGUCCAAACUAGGAAUGGACUUGAUCACUGAAGAGCAGCUUAAUGAGAUCACUGAUUCAGAAAUUGAGAUUGAAUAGUAAAAGAAGAAAUUUCGAAAUGAUGAAAGGGUAGAUUAUUAUGAUGGUAGA